AGCACCCUCAUUCAUCAUGCACUGGAGUCUGUGUUAUGCUAGACGUGUCACUUGGUGCAACCCAGAGCAGACAUGAAGUUUAAUGCACUCUUUACGGCUCUAGCCGCCCUGGAGUAUAUCCAAGGAGGCGUCGCUGUUCCUACAACCGCCGAUCUCACAUUUGCAGACGUCUCACCUCGCGCAUUGGACAAUGCCCCUGACGGUUAUACCCCGAGCAAUGUUUCCUGUCCUGCAAACAGACCGACGAUCCGCAGCGCGUCAACCCUGUCAUCGAACGAGACAGCAUGGCUCGACGUCCGACGCAAGCAGACCGUCUCAGCAAUGAAAGACCUCUUCGGCCACAUCAACAUGAGCUCAUUUGACGCCGUCUCUUACAUCAACAGCCACUCGUCCAACAUCACCAACAUCCCCAACAUCGGUAUUGCCGUAUCUGGCGGUGGCUACAGAGCCCUAACCAACGGCGCCGGCGCACUCAAAGCAUUCGACAGUCGAACAGAGAACUCAACACACAAUGGACAGCUCGGUGGUCUUCUGCAGUCAGCCACAUACCUGUCCGGGCUCUCCGGAGGUGGUUGGCUCCUGGGCUCAAUCUACAUCAACAACUUCACCACCGUUUCCAACCUACAAACCUACAAAGAGGGCGAAGUCUGGCAGUUCCAGAACUCUAUCACGAAAGGCCCCAAGACCAACGGCUUGCAAGCCUGGGAUACAGCCAAGUACUACCGCGACCUAGCCAAGGUCGUGGCCGGUAAGAAAGACGCUGGUUUCAACACCUCCUUCACCGACUACUGGGGUCGCGCACUCUCCUACCAACUCAUCAACGCGACCGACGGAGGCCCCGGCUACACCUGGUCAUCGAUCGCAUUGACCCAGGACUUCCAGAACGGAAACAUGCCCAUGCCACUCCUCGUGGCCGACGGCCGUAACCCAGGCGAGACCCUAAUCGGCAGCAACUCGACCGUAUACGAGUUCAACCCUUGGGAAUUCGGCAGCUUCGAUCCAUCCAUCUUCGGCUUCGCCCCCCUCGAAUACCUCGGCUCCUACUUCGAGAACGGUGAAGUCCCAACCGGUCGAUCCUGCGUCCGCGGCUUCGACAACGCCGGCUUCGUCAUGGGAACCUCCUCCAGUCUCUUCAACCAAUUCAUCCUCAAGCUUAACACCACCGACAUCCCAUCUGCCCUCAAAACGGUCCUCACCAGCAUCCUCGAAGAGCUAGGCGACCGCAACGAUGACAUCGCCAUCUACUCCCCCAACCCCUUCUAUGAGUACCGCAACGCGACAAUCUCAUACGAAAAGACCCCGGACCUGAACGUCGUCGACGGCGGCGAAGACAAACAAAACCUCCCCCUCCAUCCUCUCAUCCAACCCGCCCGCAACGUGGACGUCAUCUUCGCCGUCGACUCCUCAGCCAGUACCUCAGACAACUGGCCCAACGGCAGUCCCCUCGUGGCCACCUACGAACGUAGUCUCAACUCAACCGGCAUCGGCAACGGCACUGCCUUCCCCAGCAUUCCAGACAAAAGCACCUUCAUCAACCAGGGCUUGAACACCCGUCCGACCUUCUUCGGCUGCAAUAGCAGUAACAUCACAGGCCAUGCGCCCCUCGUCGUCUACCUCCCCAACUACCCAUACACGACGUACUCGAACAAAUCAACCUUCCAGCUCAAGUACGAGAUCUCCGAGCGUGACGAGAUGAUCACUAAUGGCUGGAACGUGGUUACGAUGGGUAACGGGUCGAGGAAGUCUUACGAGGAUUGGCCGACCUGCGCGGGCUGCGCUAUUCUGAGUCGCUCGUUUGAUCGGACGAAUACCCAGGUGCCGGACGUGUGUGAACGGUGCUUUGAGAAGUAUUGCUGGGAUGGGACGAGGAAUAGUACGGAGCCGGCGGCGUAUGAGCCCAAGGUGUUGAUGACGAGUGCGGGCGUGAGGAGCUUGGCGGUGUCGAGGUGGGUUUGGGGGUUGAUUCCGGUUGUGAUGGGGGUUUGGAUGCUGUGAGUGGAGGUUGGGGUUUGGUGAUCGGGGGUGUAUGCUAGAGAUCUUAUGGAUAUGAGGUUACGAUAGUUAAACACUUCAGGAAUAGUUACUCAUGUACAAAGGAAAAGAUUGCAUGUAAUGCAUGUUCAUUUAGUCGUGAAGGACUCCAAGUCCAAUACCAAGUACUGAGUU